UAGUUUUUAAUAUUAUUUGUAUUUGUUUGUCAAUUUUUCACCGUAUGUACAUUUAUCAUUAAAUGACUGUACAUGUUGUUUUAGUAAAUGACCUUGAACACACUUUCCGUUGAGCUACUACAUAGCGUGACAUAUUAGUGCUGGUUAGCAAAAUACAUUACUACUCACGCAUUCCUCGUUCUAUCUUCAUUUGUGAUUGAGUUAAUGGAAGUCUAAAUCAAAUACUAUCUACAUUUAUAGACUAUAAUCGGAAUAUAUCACAUCCAACGUUGGACUAUAUCGCUAGAGAGUUCACCAACCUGCUCAGAGUCAUCAAACAUUUAUAAUUGUGGAUUUACAUUACUGGACCUGAUCAGAACACGCAACGUUUGGGCAAUUUAAGUAACGUCCCCAAUUUUUAUUGUAUUUGUAACAAUUAACUGUAUAUAUUAAUAUUACUAUUUAUCUUUAGUAACUUUAUUUAUACUUUUUGCGUUCAUAUUUGUCUGGUCCACCACAAUUAUUUGGUGAGCCCUGAUUUUUUUUAUAGACAUUUACUAUAUAUAUAUCUACAUAAUUUUUUAUUAUUAUUAAUUGGCACGACACCAUUUUGGUCUUUGACAUUAUGAACUCUCCUAAUAAACUUAUCGAUAUUGAUAGCCCGUCAACCAACCCCUUCCAUUCAUCACAGCCAGAUGAUAAUGUUUUAAACUCGAUCAACGCUAUCUCAGAGUUAAGGUUACCAACGUACGGUGUUAAUAAUCCCAGGAUCUGGUUUGCACAGGUUGAGGCAUUAUUUUUGUCGAGAGGUAUACGCUCGCAAGCGACAAAAUAUGCAUACAUCGUUGGAGCAUUACCCAUAGAAGUGGCAGCAGAAGUCGGAGACCUGAUAGAUAACGUACCAGAAACGGACCCCUACGACAAAAUAAAAGCCGCAGUAAUCCACCGUACUUCGCAGUCUGACGAAAAACGCUUACAGCAACUACUCACCGCAUGCGAGUUAGGGGACAAAAGACCUUCACAGUUGCUUAGACAUAUGAGACAACUAGCAGGCUCAUACAAGUUAGACGAAGCAUUACUUAAGCAGAUGUGGUCACAAAGGUUACCACAUAGCGUCAGACAAAUCCUCAGCAUAUCAGGAGCCUCUGUCAGUCUUGAUGAUCUAGCAGACAUGGCCGAUAAGAUGAUAGAAAUAUAUCCCGAUAGUUGCGGCGUUAACGCGAUACCAUCCUCAAGUAGAGAAAACAUGAGCGACGCACUCAACAUCCAACAACAAAUAACACAGUUAACACAGCAGCUAGCAUCACUGCAGGCCACUAUUUCCACCAUCCGUUCUCGACCUCCCAGAUCUACGUCCAGAAGGAGAUCAGUAUCCAGACAUCGCCUUAGGUCACCUAAGCGGGCAGCCGGAAUUUGUUGGUAUCAUUCGAAUUAUGGUGAGAAAGCACGUCGUUGCACAAAACCGUGCAACUUCACGACAAACAAGCCAGACCAUCAGGGAAACGAAGUGGCCAGACAGUAAUGGCGGCAGCUGUUACUGGCCAACAUGUUAGCCGCCUCUUCCACAUCAGGGAUCGUAUUUCUGGCUCAGACUUCUUAGUCGAUACUGGAGCAGAAAUCAGCAUCAUCCCACUUCAUCUCUCACGCAGACAACAUACGACAAGCACUAAAUUGUCCUUAGUAGCGGCUAACGAAUCAGUUAUCAAAACUUACGGAGAGCAAUCUCUUAUAUUAGAUCUCGGGCUCCGCAGAAGAUUCACAUGGGUAUUCAUAGUUGCUCAAGUCAAACGACCCAUUCUCGGAGCUGAUUUCCUCAGUGCCUACAAUUUGUUAGUAGAUAUGACCAAGAAGAAAUUAAUCGACGCAAAUACACGUUUACAGGUAGAAGGUACACCUUCCAACGACUGUGAAAUCCAUGGUGUACGGAUAAUGAAGCCUGCGAACAACGUUUUCAACGACAUACUGACAGAAUACGAAUGCAUCACGAAAAUAGACUACCAAAAAGAAUGCGAUCCACAUCAUGUGCAACAUCACAUCACUACCACCGGACCACCUAUUAGCGCCAGGGCGAGGAGACUACCACCAAGCAAGUUGCAAGUAGCUAAAAGAGAAUUCGAACAUAUGAUGCAACUUGGUAUUAUCAGACCAUCCAACAGCCCUUGGGCCUCGCCGUUACACAUGGUACCAAAGAAGGACCAAGAUUGGCGUCCGUGUGGUGACUAUCGACGAUUAAACAAUCAAACCAUUCCUGACAAGUACCCGAUUCCGCAUAUACACGAUUUUUCAUUAAACCUACACGGUAAAUGUAUUUUCUCCAAACUCGACCUCGUGCGCGCAUACCAUCAAAUUCCAAUGGCACCGGAAGACAUUGAGAAAACAGCCAUAAUAACACCUUUUGGUUUGUUUGAGUUUCUAAGGAUGCCAUUCGGAUUAAAAAACGCUGCGCAGACAUUCCAACGCUUCAUGGAUAACGUAACAAGAGGCCUUGAUUUCGUGUUUGCCUACAUCGACGAUGUUCUGAUUGCAAGCUCAUCUUUAGAAGAGCAUAUCCAACAUGUCCAGAUCCUUUUUGAUCGUUUUAAAAAACAUGGUGUCGUCAUCAAUCCUUCGAAAUGCAUAUUCGCAGUCCCAGCCUUAGAGUUUUUGGGACAUUACAUCGACUCACAAGGGAUCAAACCACUUCAGACGAAAGUUGAGGAUAUUACUAACUACCCCGAACCAACUUCGGUUAAGUCAUUACGACGCUUCCUCGGUAUGUGUAAUUUUUAUCGCCGUUUCUUACCACAUUGUGCUGAAGUAUUACAGCCAUUAACCGAUCUGUUGAAAACCGACAAAAAAGGUACGAAGAGAGAGAAGACUCAGACAUUCAACCUACCCCGUGACGCCAAAACAGCAUUCGAGAAAGCAAAGUUGAUGAUAUCUAAUGCUACCAUGCUACAGCACCUAAACACCGAUCCCACAACAAACCUCAUCCUCUGCACUGACGCCUCCCAAAAAGCAGUAGGAGCAGUAUUACAGCAAUGCGUUAACGACAAGAUUACUCCUAUAGCUUUCUUUUCAAAACGAUUAUCACCAACUCAAGAGUGCUAUAGCACCUUCGGACGCGAACUUCUGGCUAUGUAUUUAGCAGUAAAACAUUUCAACUUUUUGCUACAGGGUCGUGAUUUCAUCAUUAUGACAGAUCAUAAACCCCUUUGCCAUUCUUUUAGCACAUCGUAUGACAAACACUCCCCACGAGAAGCAAGACAACUUGAUUAUAUCUCACAAUUUACCACAGACAUCAGGUUUAUCAAAGGUCACUCGAACAUUGUUGCAGACGCACUAUCUAGGAGGGAUAUCAAUACGAUGGUACUCAAUCAUGACAUCAGCCUGGAAACCUUGGCUAAAUUACAAGCAGACGAUGCAGAAUUAAAAGUCUGCAAAGAAAAGUCUAGCUUAGACCUCAAACCUGUACCUAUUCCCCUUUCAGACGAAUUCAUCAUGUGCGACACUUCAACAGGCAACAAUCGUCCGUUUGUCCCACAUGCUUGCCGACGAAAAAUAUUCCAGCAUUUGCAUGGUCUUUCACAUCCAGGCAUCAGAGCAACAACAAAGCUCAUUACCGAACGUUUUGUGUGGCCUAAAAUCAACUCGGAUGUUAAACGAUGGACACGUAACUGCCUCCAGUGCCAGCGCAGUAAGAUACAAAAACACACCUACAGUCCAAGUGGGAAGUUCCCUAUCCCUGACAAACGCUUCCAGCACGUGCAUUUAGAUUUAGUUGGGCCUCUGCCACCAUCAAACUCUUUCACACAUAUCCUCACCGCAAUAGAUAGGUUCACAAGAUGGGCCAUAGCAUGCCCCAUUAAAGACACAUCGGCAGAGACAGUGGCUUCAGUUUUCCUCGACCGCUGGAUAUCCAACUUUGGCGUACCAUCAACAAUCACAACAGAUCGCGGUCCCCAAUUCCAAUCCGUUCUAUUUAACGAGUUCACUAAACUUCUUGGAGUAAAUCAUAUUAAAACGACAGCUUAUCAUCCGGCAGCUAAUGGCAUGGUUGAAAGAUUCCAUCGCCAACUAAAAAGCUCUCUGAUGGCACAACCGGACCCUUCAAAAUGGAGCGAUGCUUUACCGCUCGUUCUCCUUGGGAUUCGCUCGUCAGUGAAGGAAGACAUCGGAUGCACGGCCGCUGAACUAGUCUAUGGCACGACAUUAACGUUACCAGGACAACUGGUCAAGAAUGAACCCACAACGCCAGGAGACCCUUCUCGCUUUGUAAGCAGAUUACUACAAAUGAUGCAGAACAUCAAAGCAAUACCACCUAGAGAACACAACAAUCGAGUCCAACUUGAUAAAAACCUUGAAACGUGUAAAUUUGUCUUCGUCCGAGUAGAUGCGGUUAAAAAACCAUUGAAACAACCAUACGAAGGUCCAUAUAAAGUAAUUAAACGCACACAAAAAUACUUCAUCAUCAGCAUAGAUGGCAAAAAGCAGACUAUUUCUAUAGACAGAAUCAAACCUGCUUUCUAUGAAUCUACUCAAGUAAGAAAAGACAACGCUGUUGACAAUCAACCCCUUUCACCAGUGACUGAAAAACCAGUGGAGGACAAAAAACUUAAUACUAAGCCUUCUUGUUUAACACGCUCCGGCAGACCUAUAAACAAACCCAAGCGUUAUGUCCAUUUCGUCGAUUAAAAAAAAAACAAAUUUUUUUUUCCUUUUUUUAGUGUACAUAAUUAACCAUAUUUUUUUCCCCACAAUUAUUCGUUUUGUCACAUUUUUUUUAUAAAAAAAAUUUGUUACAAUAAUAAACGAGUAAACUCUAUUUAAUUAUUCAUUUGUUGUACACACACAAAAAAAAAGCAGUUCUUUUUUUUUGGGUUCAGUAACAGUUCUGUACAUUAUUAUCAUUGUUAGCAAACCAAAAUUUUGAAAGACGGUAUUCUCAUUACUUUUGUUUGUCAUGCUAUGCCACAUCACCGCUAUUUUCACGCAAUAACACACUGUAUAUUAUUAACGUACAUGUCAUACGCAUCUCCACAUUGUUAAUUGGUUAUUAAUGUAAAUAUUAUUUUUUUUUGUAUAAAAUUUUUCUUAUUGUUAUUACAACCAGUGUUACCUCCGGACACUCUGGGGGGAGCUAUGUGGAGAUAUGACUGACAAGCUUAUUUUGUAAAUAGUUUUUAAUAUUAUUUGUAUUUGUUUGUCAAUUUUUCACCGUAUGUACAUUUAUCAUUAAAUGACUGUACAUGUUGUUUUAGUAAAUGACCUUGAACACACUUUCCGUUGAGCUACUACAUAGCGUGACAUA